ACCAAAAGCUGUUAACUGUAAAGAGCAGCGGGUUUUUGACAGAUAAUGUACACCAGUAUUGUAUGAGAGCUAGUUUGGUUGUCUGGCUGGUAAACCUGUGGAUACAGAUAUUGUUCACUUCAUGGAAAGCACUCUUGGAUAUUACAUCAAGGUUUGAGGGUUAACAUGCAGUUCUCUUCCUUUGCUGUGGAUGUUAAGAGUCAUCUACCUUUCUGCAUUUGGGCUUGUCAGUCCUAGUAACACUUCUGUGCGCUCUUUAUAUCCUGGUUUUUCUUCCAAGAUACAAGCAUAUACUUGAAACUGAAGAGACAGGAGUUAAAUUGCACAUUGGAUAUACUGUAACCAGACACUUGUUGAUCUAUUGUAACAGUAUCUUCUCUUCAUUAAGUUUGCAAUUACCGUUAUCAGUAUAAUCAAUGAUGGGGGAUACCAAUGGAGGCAGUGGUGUGCCCACCAACUAUGUACAGCUGUAUGUGAAGUCUGGUGAGAAUGGGUUGAACUACGGUGCCUGUCCGUUCUGCCAGAUGGUGUACAUGAUACUAGAUCUGAAGGCCCGAGAGGGGGAGCUAACCUAUGACGUGAUCACCAUCAGCAUGUCCCGCCCCCCGGAGGAGUUCAAGAAACUGGCCAAUCGCCUGCCUGUGCUGAAACAUGGCGAUGAGAUCCUGUCAGAUAAUGAUGAGAUUGUCCAAUAUUUGGACAAAAACUUUCCUUACCCUGAUUUGCGUUAUGAUAAUUUUGAGGCCAAUGCUGUAUGUCUGAACUUUUUCUCCAAGUUUUCCUUCUUCAUAAAGCAAGUGAAGAAUAGUCCAGAGAGCUUGUUGAAGGAGCUAGGGUCUCUGGAUGCGUUCUUGGAGAAGGCUGGUAUGCCGUACCUCUGUGGGGAGACCAUCUCCAAUCUGGAUUGCCUAGUCUUGCCUAAACUCCAGCAUAUUCGAGUGGCUUGUAAGGCACUGAAGGAUUUUGAGAUUCCGUCAUCCAUGAAGGCAAUCUGGCGCUACAUGGGGCGAGCCUACACCAGCACAACGUUCAGGAAGACUUGCCCCUCAGACCAGGAAAUAGUCUACCACUGGCGCAUGAAGGCAGAAACACCACACCUUUCCGAAGAGAAAAUGAAAGUUUAUUCUACAGAUACAGAGCCCAGAUUCUCUGUUGAUAUACCAUAAAACUACAGCCUGAUUGUCAUCUAUAUUAUUAUUAUAUAUUGUAUAAUUGGAUAUUUUCUAAAGAUGAUAAUAUAGCUGACCUUGAAGAACAAUUAAGAGAAAUAUGAAUUAAGUGCUUCAAUCUGUGCCUAACCUGUGACUUACAUAUAGAAUAAUAUACCAAAAAUCAAAACUUUUUUCCCAGAAAUGCAACAUCAUUUUAUUUUGUAUGUAAAUUUAACACGAAAUAUGUAAAAUUCUAAGAAGAGCAUUGGAAAAAUACACAUGUUCUGUACUUUGUACGGAGAAAUUCGUAUUCAAAAUGUAUAUUUAAAUAUGAUACUGAAAAAAAUUGUUUAAUUGUUUUCUGAACAAAUGGAUUUUAUUUUGCUGAACAAUUAUGUACCUGUAUAUGUACAUAUUUAUUGUUGUUGUUGUUACAUGUCACAAGCAUACAAUGAUAUCACUUAUUAUGCCCCCCUUCGAAGAAGAGGGGGUAUAUUGCUUUGCUCAUGUCGGUCUGUCGGUCGGUCUGUCGGUUGGUCGGUCCGUCCACCAGGUGGUUGUCAGACGAUAACUCAAGAACGCUUGGGCCUAGGAUCAUGAAACUUCAUAGGCACAUUGAUCAUGACUCGCAGAUGACCCCUAUUGAUUUUGAGGUCACUAGGUCAAAGGUCAAGGUCACAUUGACCCGAAAUAGUAAAAUGGUUUCCAGAUGAUAACUCAAGAACGCUUAGGCCCUUGAUCAUGAAACUUAAUAGGUAGAUUGAUCAUGACUCGCAGAUGACCCCUAUUGAUUUUCAGGUCACUAGGUCAAAGGUCAAGGUCACGAUGACCCGAAAUAGUAAAAUGGUUUCCGGAUGAUAACUCAAGAACACUUAGGCCUAGGAUCAUGAAACUUGAUAGGUAGAUUGAUCAGGACUCGCAGAUGACCCCUAUUGAUUUUCAGGUCACUAGGUCAAAGGUCAAGGUCACAGUGACCCGAAAUAGUAAAAUGGUUUCCAGAUGAUAACUCAAGAACGCUUAGGCCCUUGAUCAUGAAACUUAAUAGGUAGAUUGAUCAUGACUCGCAGAUGACCCCUAUUGAUUUUCAGGUCACUAGGUCAAAGGUCAAGGUCACGAUGACCCGAAAUAGUAAAAUGGUUUCAGGAUGAUAACUGAAGAACGCUUAUUCCUAGGAUCAUGAAACUUGAUAGGUAGAAUGAUCAUGACUCGCAGAUGACCCCUAUUGAUUUUCAGGUCACUAGGUCAAAGUUCAAGGUUAUGGUGACCCGAAAUAGUAAAAUGGUGUCUGGAUGAUAACUCAAGAGUUCUUAUGGCUAGGAUCAUGAAACUUCAUAGGUACAUUGAUCAUGACUGGCAGAUGACCCCUAUUGAUUUUCAGGUCACUAGGUCAAAGGUCAAGGUCACAGUGACAAAAAACAUAUUCACACAAUGGCUCUCACUUCAACGGAGAGCCCAUAUGGGGGGCAUGCAUGUUUUACAAACAGCCCUUGUUGAUAUAGAAUCUUGUCAAUUUCAUGUUAAGUGUUAUGUAAAUUUCAAAUUUACCUGUAGGAUUUUGAUAAUGAAAUAUUUCCUUUAAAUUUAGACAUAUGUUUUGUUAGAGUUAGUGUUUAUCAUAUUAGUUGAAUAUGCUUAUGAGCUGUGCAUCAUGUACCCUGGUAUUUAUUUUCAAGCACAAUAUCAUCUGGGUUUGAGUUUGGUCUGGUUCUGCUAUAGCUGGAUUUGCUGGAUAGUUGGACAUGCUAUUUUAUUGCUGUUAAAACUUACAUGAACAUUUAUUCAGCUUAUUUCUUUGUUUUAGUCACAGUAGAUAUUUUUGUCUUCCAUAAGUGCCAUCUUUUGUCCUACAUGCAAAUGUUGCUUUUCCAUCUAAUGAUGCAGAAAAUUAGCUAUCAAAUAUAAGGUAGCCAGUGAAUAAUUGACCUUAACUUGUUUUGGUAAUGGAAUUAUUCAAUAAGCUGUCUUAAGGCUAUUGAUUAUCUGUGUUUGUAAGAGACUGUGCAAAUAUCAAGAUCUAUUAACAAGUCUGCUGAUGUUCUUUAAAAAAAAUGUGAUAAUGUGAUAACAACACUGUUGACAUGUUGUUGAAAAGCUGAUUAAGUACAUUAAAGGGACUGUCAACCACGAUUGACGAAAAAAGAAAAGUGUUAAAAUACCGUAUUUUUUACAAUUAAUAGUUUAUAUUGAUUAAAAUAUCACGACUGGUAUAUUACAUUACUUGAAAAAAAGUUCAUAUUUUGAGUAAAUUCGGUCAUAACAUUUCACGAUGGGAAAUCGAAAGUUCAUUGCGAAAAUAGGUGACAUAACAAUAUACACACUAUAAAUAAAGCAAGUAGAUUGAUAUAUAUUAAAUUUUAUUUUUAUGUAUUAAAUAUAUUCAAUUCACUAGGCAUGCACAAUUUGCAUUCCUGGGUUUACCACAUGACGCUGAUGAUCAAUCUACUUGCGUUAUUUAUAGUUAACUGGUAGUUACCUGGUAGACAUACCCAGUAAAAUUUAUUACCAAAUAAACUGAAAAUAUGAAAACUUAACAACUUUUUUCAAGUAAUGCAAUAUACCAGUCACUAUGUUUUAAUCAAUUUUAAUAAUUGUAAAAAAAUACGGUAUUUUUUAACUUUUCUUUUUUCGUCAAUCGCGGUUGACAGUACCUUUAAAGCUGUCAGUAUCAUUAUGCAUCCAUAAAUCUGUAACAAUUGAAAUAUUCUAACAUUGCAAUCAGUAACAGUUCACCACAAACUGUAUUACUAUGAAUUAAUAUUGUGUUUACAUAAUCCUUUUUUAAAAUGAUUGUUAUGUCUUUGCCUGCAUUGUUAUUGUAUAUUGUAAUGUAGCAAAAAUGUAUAUUGUAUUUUUUUUUAAUUAACUUGAAGUUUGUGUCCUUAUGUAUUAUUGUAUAAUGGAUACAAACUUUUCUAUAACUCUAACCUAAAUUGUUUUAAUUAUUUGACCUGUACUAAGUAUUGAAUUAUUGUACUUAAAAAUGAAAUCCUGUAUGUUUUUAUUUGUUUGUAUACAGUAUACAGAUGUUUUAACUAAGGAAAGUGUGUUUCAAUUUCUUGCCAAAACCUUGUUUUAUCCAGAAUGUUCAUUUUUGUAGUUUUGUAAACAAUGUUUAAUUUGUUAAUUAAUUUAAGAUAUAUUUUUAACGGGCUGACUCAGCCUUAGAGAGUGAAGCUAAAAUCCAAGUAGAAAAUGUCUACAUUAGACGGUGAAAGUUGUUUAUUUUAGUGCUUUUUUAGUGCUAAACCAUAUUAAAUUGAAGGAUAUAUAUUUAAAUGUUUAUUACAUAGCCUAGUCAAUAUACAUAUUAUAUUUUAACUUACUUUUAUAUUUUAAUUAUUUAAAUGUUUACAUUGUGAAUGUUUUUUCAAAGAACUGUCUGUGGCAAAAACAUGUAGUCCGAGCCCAAGGCUAUCAAAAUACUGUUACUUUGUGCCCUGGUCAUAGUCUGAUGUGGUUAUACAGUUUUCCAAUCCUUUUCACCGCAAGGCUCUCGACCUUGUAUCAGUCUUCUGCAGCAAGGCUCUCAACCUUGUAUCAGUCUACUGCAGCAAGGCUCUCAACCUUGUAUCAGUCUACUGCAGCAAGGCUCUCAACCUUGUAUCAGUCUACUGCAGCAAGGCUCUCAACCUUGUAUCAGUCUACUGCAGCAAGGCUCUCAACC